AUGUCGACAACCUCCCUCCAACCGUUUGCCGACUUCUAUUCCCCCUUCUCCUCUAGAUCGCAACCUGCUCGAAUGGCUCAGUCUCAAACCCCCGGAUUGGACACACUCGCAGAAGGGUCGCAGUAUGCGCUAGAGCAACUGCAGCUCGCGCGACAGGCUGGCCCAUCGACCAAUCUCCCGACCGAUUCUGAGCGCAACCACCUUGAUGUAGAUCCGGCGCAAUCACCACCUCCGUCCUACAAUGAACACAAUGGGUCUCUGUCUGGUGGGAGGAUUGCCUCGCAGCAGCGAGACAUGCUGGCCGAAGCUCGGUCGGCAAUUCGCAAGAGUUCAUCGGCCACGCCGGUACGCCGGCGAAUUAGUCGCGCUUGCGACCAAUGUAACCAGUUGCGUACCAAAUGCGAUGGACAACAGCCCUGUUCACAUUGCACCGAAUUUGGAUUAAGCUGCGAGUAUGCACGAGAACGCAAAAAGCGGGGGAAAGCGUCGAAAAAGGACCUUGCAGUGGCCGCUGCCAAUGGCGAAAAACCCAUCGCAGAUAGCAUAACUGGACAAGAAAAUUCUCCACCUUCUCAGUCACCCCACGAUAAUAAUGUUUCCUACAACUCGACUUUCAACGUCGCUGCCGCUCGCACACUGCCAAAGUCAACGCAAUCACAUUUGCGCAACCCCAGCAUUACGGGGAUGGACAGGAUGCAGCAGAACCCACACGCUCCACCGGUACAUGCGGAGCCCUUAGGGACGAAUAUGGACGGAAUGUCGUUGAAUUAUGGGAAUGUGACCGAAUCAAAUCGCCCUCCAAUGUCUGUCUCUGAUCUUCGAUCAUUGCAGAUGAUGCAGCACUCCAACGGACAUCCUCGGUCGCCAUCCGCAAUGUUGCAUCAUGGAUUUGGAUCGGGAUACGAUGCUUCGUAUCCGGUGAUGAGCAACCAUGAGCCCAAUCCGUCCAUUAACCAAUUUCGCAUGGGUGCUUCUACAGAAAAUCCAUCCGCUUCAUUCCUGGGGUUCACCCCACCAGCACAAUCUCCUAGCUGGCUUCCUCUCCCAUCACCAUCUCCAGCCAAUUUUCCGUCCUUUAGCAUCGCUCCGUUUCCAGCCUCAUUAAGAUACCCCGUUUUGCAACCCGUUCUUCCUCACAUCGCCUCCAUCAUUCCCCAAUCUCUCGCUUGCGACCUUUUGGAUGUUUACUUUACAAGCUCAUUCUCAUCGCAUCUGUCACCAUUGUCGCCGUACGUUGUUGGUUUUGUUUUCCGCAAGCAGUCUUUUCUCCAUCCAACAAAACCAAGGGUCUGCAGCCCGGGUCUUCUAGCUAGCAUGCUCUGGGUAGCAGCACAAACGAGCGAGGCGGCCUUUUUGACUUCCCCUCCGUCAGCUCGAGGGCGUGUCUGUCAAAAACUACUCGAAUUGUCUGUUGGCCUGCUACGACCCCUGAUCCAUGGACCAGCUACUGGCGAAGCAUCUCCAAAUUAUGCUGCGAACAUGGUCAUAAAUGGGGUGGCUCUUGGGGGAUUCGGUGUCUCCAUGGACCAGCUUGGGGCGCAAAGUAGUGCGACCUGCGCUGUGGAUGAUGUAGCUACCUAUGUCCAUCUGGCCACUGUGGUUUCAGCCAGUGAGUAUAAAGCAGCCAGCAUGCGUUGGUGGACUGCGGCGUGGUCUCUGGCGCGGGAGCUCAAACUUGGCCGGGAAUUGCCACCCAAUGCUGCAACCCGCCAGGAUGACUUGGAGGGGGAGCCGGAACUAGAUUUGAAUGGCAACAAAAGGCAAUCAGCAUCCCUUCACAACUCUUUGGGCCAUGGUCCUGGAAGCUCCGCGGUGAAUCUCACGGAGGAAGAGCGCGAAGAACGUCGACGCAUCUGGUGGUUGUUAUACGUUAUGGAUCGUCACUUGUCGCUUUGCUAUAACCGUCCCCUAACUCUCUUGGACAAGGAGUGCGAAGGCUUACUACAACCCAUGAACGAUGAUCUCUGGCAGGCUGGUGAUUUCUCAGCGGCAAGUUACCGACGAGCUGGCCCGGCAUUUGAGUGUACAAGCCAUAGCAUGUUUGGUUACUUUCUACCCCUGAUGAGCAUCCUAGGCGAAAUCGUGGAUUUGCAUCAUGCUCGAAACCACCCCCGGUUUGGGAUUCAUUUUCGCAACAGUGGGGAAUGGGAGAGCCAAGCCCUGGAGAUCACCCGACAAUUGGAUGUGUAUGCCCGGAGUCUAAAGGAGUUUGAGGCUCGAUAUACCAGCUCAAUCGCCCUGGCAAAUGGAGACAACGAUAUAGCUAUGGAGGGAGGGAAUCCGAAUCACCUCAGUCCAUCUGGUCGCUCAAGUAGCACUGUUGGAUCAUUCAACGAGUCUGUUGUUCACACGAAAAUGGUUGUUGCCUAUGGCACCCACAUCAUGCAUGUCCUUCACAUAUUAGUGGCGGACAAGUGGGAUCCAAUCAAUCUCCUGGAUGAUAAUGAUCUUUGGAUAUCCUCCGACUCGUUUAUUUCUACCAUGGGCCAUGCCGUCAGUGCUGCUGAGGCAGCCUCUGAUAUCCUGGAGUAUGAUCCUGACUUGAGCUUUAUGCCAUUCUUCUUUGGCAUAUAUCUAUUGCAGGGCAGUUUCCUUCUGCUCUUGACAGCGGAUAAGCUGGCGGCCAGUGCUAGUCCCAGUGUUGUCAGGGCUUGUGAGACAAUCGUACGCGCACAUGAGGCUUGCGUUGUCACUUUAAAUACUGAGUAUCAGAGAACCUUCCGCAAAGUUAUGCGUUCAGCUCUCGCCCAGGUCCGCGGUCGUGUCCCCGAGGACUCUGGUGAGCAACAACAACGGAGACGUGAAGUACUGGCGCUAUAUCGCUGGAGUGGGGACGGCAGUGGUCUUGCUCUCUGA